AUGAAUCCAAAAGAUAGCAAAUACACUUAUUUAGCCUUGGGUAUUCCUGUUAAGAAGACUGUUAAUAAUCAGUCCCAAAUUAAAUCAGCUUACGACUUAGUGGCUGCUGACUUGUUCCAAACUUUAAAAAAAGCCAAAGAUGGGGCAGUUAUCAAAUUAGGCAACUGCGGAGCCUUUCACAAAAAAAGAACUACUAUUCAAAGUGCCUUAGACGGCAAUACUUAUCGUUACUACCGAAUAAGUUUUAAACUUUCGGAGCAACUGAAAGCUGAAAAAAGAUAA